AUGAUGGAAAAAGUAAUAUCAGAGUCAUUUAAAAAAAUUCUUCAGACAUUUCCUCACAACAUGCGAUUUUGCUUCGCAUACGGAUCGGGAGUAAUAAAACAAACUACGGAUCCGAAGAAGAAUAUGCUGGACUUGGUAUUCGUGGUGAGGAACUCGGAGUCGUGGCAUGCUGAGAAUCUAGUCCGCAAUUCUAGCCAUUAUGCUCAACCGUUACGUCUGCUAGGACACAAAGUGAUAAGCAGGUUUCAGGAGAACUGGGGAGCUAAAAUAUACUACAACACUCUGAUAAAGUCAACAGAUGAUAGAUUGAUAAAAUACGGCGUGAUAUCAGAGUCUGCGCUGGUUGAAGACCUCCUCGAUUGGAAUAACUUGUAUUUAGCUGGUAGACUGCACAAGCCGAUCCACAUUCUACAGGCUGCGAGCGAAAAUUCAUCGCUUCAGACCGCACUGGCGCAGAAUCUCAAGAAUGCUGUCCAUGCUGCGCUUCUCUUGCUGCCGGAAAAUUUCACCGAAGUGGAUUUUUAUCAAACGAUCGCUGGUCUGUCUUAUCACGGAGAUUUUCGUAUGACUUUUGGAGAGGACAAGUCUAAAAUUUCAAAGAUUGUGGUUCCUCAGCUGGCGAAUUUCAGAGAAUUGUACGAACCAGUUUUGAAUUUGUUCGACCACUUUGUAGAUAUACCAAAGCUUCAAUAUACUCCUGUAGUUUGUCACCAGGAUGACAGUCCCAUAGCGAGGAUCCAUCACCUCAAUCAGCUGCCGAGAACCCCGCAGAAAAAACUGGCCAAGUUUUGGUCCAAGGGAGGUCGCACGCAAGACAUGGAAGAUUGUCUUCGGGCUAUCGCUCACGAUCUCGACUGCAGUGAUAUUGUCCAAAGAGUCUUGAGUGACAUUGUCUGGCGGUCCAGUGUCUCUCAGAGUAUCAAGGGUAUCGCUACCGCGGGAUUGAUCAAGUCGGUUAAGUACAGUGGCGCUAAAGUUAUAAAAAUGAUCAAGUCUUUUGAAUUUAAAUCUGAGUUUAAAGACUUGCGGCAAGGUAGUCAGGAGCUUGAACAGAAUUUUAAAAAAAUUUUAUCUGAUUUUCAACACAAACAGGUGGCUAAAAAUGAAGAGACAGAAGAAAUUGAGAGCUCUAAAGAAAAGUCUUUGAGUCAGGAGAAAAAAAUAAUUGAUCAAGAGUUGAAAUUAAAGGAACAAGAAAUAAAAUUACGAGAUCAGGAGAAAAAAAUAAAUGAUCAAGAAAUAUUGUUGAGCAAAGGAAAAAAUCAGCUAGAGCAAGAAAUAAGUAUGACGACAAUGGAUUCGGAUUCAGAGAGUCAAGACAGCGAUGAAGGGAGGCGUUUUCGUUUCGAGGCGACCCGAAAGGACGCGCAUGCUACCCAAUCAGCAGCACGUCGUCGCAAGCCGUCGCCGUUUCAACUGCAUCGUCGUCCAUCGAGGGAAAAAUCCCGGGAACGGACUCGCCACGACAGGUCAAGGAGCCACGACAAGGACCGUAGGAAGGAUCGGGAUCGGCACAGUCGGGAUCGUCACGGAAGAAGUGGCAGCAGCUCCAAGGAACCGGUCAGAAGCAACAAAAAUUCCAAGGAAGAUCGCAGCCGAAAAGACAGAGAAGAUCGGCACCGCGAUCACAAUCACAAGAGUCUCCACAAGGACUACGACAAACGCGACUCCAGGUCGAGAGACUUCAAGCGGGACCGUCGUAGGUCCAGAGAUUCCUAUGACCGUCGCAGCGACAAGCGCGAUCGCAGUCGUAAGUACUCCAGGGAGCGCGAUCGGCACAAAAAGUCAAGAGAUAACGAGCGAGUUGUUGAAGCAAGCACUGGCAAUGGUGAUAAAAAUUCAACUCACGGUGACAAUGAUAGAAUCUCCAAUUUAUCCAACCAAGACUGUAAAGAUUUAAAUUUAAGUGAUUUUGAUAUCGUUUCUGACACCGAAGGCAAUUCGCAGUCAGACUCGUCGCUGAGGGGAAGGAAUUGGAGCAGAGAUUCGCGGGAUAGAAAGUCCAGGCUGAGAUCGAGGUCCAGGUCCAGGUCUAGGGGAAAGAGUCGAGGAUCCAAAUCGAGGUCCAGGUCCAGGUCGAAACUCAAAGCUUCUCCGAUAGAAAUAGUUGGUGAUGAAAUAGUCAUUGAUAGUAUCGGCAAUGAUAAUGAAGAAGAGGAAGAAGAAGACGAUGAUGACUUGGAAAAAUUCAACACAGAUAUCCUCCUGCAUGCAUCUACGUCCGCGCCAUCAUUAGAUAGUGUUAAUGAUAAUGAUAAUUUAAAAAUAUGUACAGAUUUAAUAGAUAACUUAAGUGACGAUGAUGAUAACAAAAACUACAGCAAUUUAAAUAUUGAUGAUAUUGAAGAAGAGAAUCACGGUGAGAACAGUGGUGAAGUUGAAGCACCAAGCGCCAAUUGCUACGGACCUACCUUGCCGCCUAAAAGUGUUGGAAAUCCUGCCAAGUCGGUGUCGGAGACUAAAAAUUCUGAGGUUAAAAUUAUUGGGCCUUGUUUGCCAGAUGGCUUUAAGAAAAUUGCUCAAGAUGAGGAUGAAGCUUUUGGACCCAGUUUACCACCGACGCUGCAGAGGGUCGGGGAGGAAAAGAAGCGGAUUGGACCUUCGCUGCCCAGGCAUCUGAUGGAGCAUCUGGAAGACGAGGACGACUAUCUGAUGGAGGUGGAUGUUGAAGGAGAACCCGACGAGCUUGAUGAAGAGGAAGAAAUACUUGGACCCUUGCCUGCUGAUCACCCGGCUAUUGGUAGUGACAGGAUUCAGAGGCAGUUGGAGUACAGGGCAAGGUUGAUUAAAGAAGAACUUGCUGAGAUUGAUUACCGAGAAGAAAAAAAACGGGAAGAAUGGAUGACUGAAUUGCCGGCAAAAGACGAAAAAGAAGCGAAAAAGAAUCAAACAACAGUACGAAGACCAUUUGACCGUGAUAUGGACAUGCAGGUCAAUCGUUUUGAUGACGCGCGGAAGAAAAGUAUUCUUAUGAAAGCUCAAAAACUCGACGACAGAUUUUCGCGUGGAAAAAUUAAUAAUAAGGAAAGAGUGCUGAGAUGA